CUGGGCACAGGCAUUGGGCUCCCGGGGUUCUGAGCGGCCGCCUCUGCCGGCCCUGACCAGCCUGCAGUAACUGGCCCUCAGGCCGUAGUUCUUUGUCCUUAGGAGGAGGCCGUUUCUUUCCCGGAGAGAGGAAUUAGAGGGAUUGUCCGGCGUGGGUCUAGGGUCGUUGAGGCCUGAAGUUAACCCUUUGAGGGGAGGACGGAUUGGGGGCUGUGUCACUUUAAGAAAAAGAUUUGAAAAUUCGGAAGGCAGAAUUCCAGGGAGGCUCCCGGGCCUGGUUCUGAAGCUUGAGACCCCGGAUAUAUACGCUCCAGGGGGCUGCGGUGGGCUCUUCGGGUCCCCGAGCCCGGUGUUUAGGAACACGCGGGGACGUCCAAACACCCCCUCCUUUCCCGCCAGGCGGGCUCCUUUGUCUUCUGGGCUUUCGUCGCGAGACGGAACGCUGGGUCAGUGCAUCCCAGCAAAACGUUAGGAGUAAACGAAGGCCUUUCUGGGGACCUGUGUAGUCGGUUGUAAUGGCGUUUGCCUGGGAUGCAGCACCUUUGGUGGGCCAUUGGAUGUCGUGUCGCUUCUCCAGGGGCUUGCUAGGCACUAGCUGAAAUGCCGUCCUGUGCUUACGCGGUGUUAUGGAAGAUUGCUUUGCACGAUGCUCUUCGUACGAAAGGAUAUUAUUAAAAGUGAUUUAUGGCCGGGCGCGGUGGCUCACGCCUGUAUUCCCAGCACUUCGGGAGGCCGAGGCGGGCGGAUCGCCUGAGCUCAGGAGUUCGAGACCAGCCUGGACAACAUGGUGAAACCCUGUCUCUACUAAAAAUACAAAAAUUAGCCGGGCGUGAUGGCAUGCGCCUGUAAUUCCAGCUACUCGGGAGGCUGAGGCAGGAGAAUCGCUUGAACCCGGGAGGCGGAUGUUGCAGUGAGCCGAGAUAGCGCCACUUCGCUCCAGCCUGGGCGACAGAGUCAGACUCCAUCUCAAAAAAAAAAAAAAGUGGUUUGUUAUUUUGUUAGCAUGUGAGCCCUGGAUGCUUGAAAGCAAGUGAAAGAUGUUCCGAAUCUAAUCAAAUUAUAUCAUUUGAUGCUUUAAUUAGAGCCUAUUCUCUCUUCUUCUCCAUCUAUAUAUGUAUGUAUAUAGAUUACUAUCCAUCACUGUUUUAAUGGAUAUCUUAUUGGAAGGGCUACAUAGUCACUAUUUCAAAAUAUAUGAACUCCGCAUAACACCUAUGCCAAAACAUUUCAGCACUCAGGUAAAGUUCAUUUUUAGCCACAAAAUCACUUAAAAACAGGCCAGAACUUUAUAUAGAUAGCUCUUAUUACUAUCCCAGUAGCUGGGAUAAUAAUGAAACAAAAAGAUGCAGCAGGACUCCAUUUCAAAGGGAUAGAGUCUGUGUGUCCAGCUUCAGAGUAAGAAACCACUAGGUAAUAGUUUAUAUAGUUACUUACAUGUAAUGUGGCUUUAUUUUUUUAUAAAGAUCUGCAUGUAAUUGUUUAUAUCUGUGAAUUCAUAUUUAAUAUUAAACACAGUUUUAUAAACAUGUAAGAUGGAAAAUGAAUGAAAUGCUCUAUCAAUGAACUGUAUGCCAUGAGGAUUCAAAACAGCACUUUCGUGUUGCCAAAAUUCCAGUGUGGACUUGUGAAGGAAUUCCCUUUGGACUAGGUCCACUGUAGAUUGUAUCCGGGACUAUUGUUAGUGCCUAAAUUGCAUUGCUUCCCACAGCGCUAUAUACUUCCCUUAAAAUUGGCCCAUUGCCAGUGGCAAAUCGCUAUCUACUGUGAUCCUUAUCAUAGACAUUGGUCAUAUUUUUAUGUUAUUAGUUUUCUGUGUAUAUUUUAGUGCUAUAGCCUGCCAUUCCAAAUUAAACAUGCUCUUAGCAUAUCGUUUUACAUCGUUGAUCUAUAAUUCAUUACCUGAGCACAUGAGCGGAGGCAGUGAAUUAUACAGUGGUAAACUACUUGGUGAAACCAUGCUUUGUAUUUUUAAGAUGUAUAAUUAUAUUUAAAAACAAGCAAUGCUUAAUUUUGUGCCUGAUUUUCGUCUUUAAAAAUGGAUUUAUCUGGGGGUUGCAGUUGAUGACAUUUUGAUUUUAAUAUGUUUGCUGCUGCUACCAAGAGCUUUGUCAAGCAAGUUGGAGAUGGAGGGAGAUUAGUUCCUGUUCCAAGCCUCAGUGAAGCUGACAAAUAUCAACCUCUAAGUCUGGUGGUAAAAAAGAAGCGAUGCUUUCUGUUUCCUAGAUAUAAAUUUACUUCAACACCUUUUACACUGAAAGAUAUUCUCCUAGGAGACAGAGAAAUUUCAGCUGGUAUUUCAUCUUAUCAAUUACUGAAUUAUGAAGAUGAAUCCGAUGUUUCACUCUAUGGAAGGCGAGGGAACCAUAUUGUAAAUGACGUUGGGAUUAAUGUUGCUGGAUCAGAUUCCAUCGCAGUGAAAGCUUCAUUUGGUAUAGUAACCAAACAUGAAGUGGAAGUAUCAACACUACUCAAAGAAAUUACUACACGAAAAAUUAACUUUGACCACAGCUUGAUACGUCAGUCAAGGAGCAGCAGAAAGGCAGUAUUGUGUGUGGUCAUGGAGAGCAUCCGAACCACACGACAGUGCUCACUGUCUGUGCAUGCUGGAAUUCGAGGGGAAGCAAUGCGGUUUCACUUUAUGGAUGAACAGAAUCCCAAGGGAAGGGACAAAGCUAUUGUUUUCCCAGCACAUACAACCAUAGCUUUCAGUGUUUUUGAACUCUUCAUAUACCUGGAUGGUGCCUUUGACCUUUGUGUCACUUCAGUGUCAAAAGGAGGAUUUGAAAGGGAAGAAACGGCAACAUUUGCACUGCUGUACAGGUUGAGAAAUAUCCUAUUUGAAAGAAAUAGAAGAGUGAUGGAUGUAAUUUCUCGUUCACAGCUUUACUUGGAUGAUCUUUUUUCUGACUACUAUGACAAACCUCUCAGCAUGACUGAUAUUUCACUCAAAGAAGGGACCCAUAUUCGAGUUAACUUACUUAAUCACAACAUUCCCAAAGGGCCGUGCAUACUCUGUGGAAUGGGGAACUUCAAAAGGGAGACAGUUUAUGGGUGCUUUCAGUGUUCUGUUGAUGGUCAGAAGUAUGUGAGACUUCAUGCAGUUCCUUGUUUUGAUAUUUGGCACAAGAGGAUGAAAUAAAAUGAAAAAUGAAUAUACCAUGUUGGUGUUGUAGGUGCGGUUGUGCCACAAACCUUCCCUAAAUUAUCUAGGUUUGCUUUGAUGAGUUAAAUUAAAAUGAGAAAAA